GAGUAUAGAAAACAAACAGACAACUUUUCCUUUAUUUUUCUUCUCUCACUGCCUUGCCUUCAGUCAGUUAAAGUAGAGAGCAAAUUCUGGUGUUUUAUUCCUUCUUUAAAGCCACCUUAGUUUAUAUCUAUCUAUCUAUCUACCACCUCAACCUUAUUCUAACAGUUUCUUCCUUUUUUUUUCUUUCUUUCUAUCACUUUCCUUGUAAGUAACUGCAUACUAGUUAUCAUCCUUAUCCUACACAGUUAAUUGAGAAUUUGAGCUUUGAAGUCUGAUCUAAUAUAUCAAGCUCUUGAGGGUGAUUAUGCUAAGAGGUGUUGGAGAACUAUUUCAUAGUAAAAGAAUUCCAAUUCAACACAAAGACCUUCUUAGUAUUAUAUUAAUAAAGUUUCAUCAAAAAAGAUGAUGAAUAAUAAGAUGAGCAACGUUAGUAGCUCUAAUCUCAUAGAUUCUAAGCUGGAAGAGCACCAGUUGUGUGGAUCCAAACACUGCCCUCGCUGUGGACACAAAUUUGAUCAAGGCAAGCCGGAUUGGCUAGGUCUACCAGCAGGAGUGAAAUUUGAUCCAACAGAUCAAGAAUUGAUUGAACAUCUUGAAGCCAAAGUUGAGUCAAAGAACAUGCAGAAAUCACACCCUUUGAUUGAUGAAUUCAUUCUCACUAUUGAAGGAGAAGAUGGAAUUUGUUACACCCAUCCAGAAAAACUUCCAGGAGUGACAAGAGAUGGAUUAAGCAGACACUUUUUCCAUAGACCAUCAAAGGCAUAUACAACAGGAACACGAAAGAGGAGAAAGAUUCAAACCGAAGAGUGUGACUUACAAGGAAGUACAGGAGGAGAAACAAGAUGGCACAAAACUGGUAAGACCAGACCUGUUAUGGUUAAUGGUAAACAAAAAGGUUGCAAGAAAAUUCUUGUUCUCUACACCAACUUCGGAAAGAAUCGAAAACCCGAGAAGACGAAUUGGGUGAUGCAUCAAUACCAUCUUGGACAACAUGAAGAAGAGAAAGAAGGAGAGCUUGUUGUUUCAAAGAUAUUUUAUCAGACACAGCCAAGACAGUGUAAUUGGUCUGAUAAUAAUCAAAGAAUAAUUAGUGCAACAACAACAACUGGUGAAGGAAGUGGUGGAGAACCUAAUUAUAAUAUCAAUGGAAGAAGAGAUAGUGGAAGUGGAAGUUCUUCUUCUAAGGAAAUUGUUACUCAGAUUCAUAGAGAUGAAAUGUCUGCUGUUGUUGGUGUCCCUAGUCCUUUAACAAGCUUCACAAAUGCUUUGGAUAUUCAACACCUUAAAUCUGAUCAUUUUGGCUUCAUCCCAUUUCGAAAAAGCUAUGAUGAAGUUGGAAUAGGAGAAGGUUCUACAACAAGAGAAAUGCAAGCAUCAGGAGGCUCAUGUGAUCAGGAAGUGCAUGAAAGACAGCAUCAUGUAUUAGCACAUCAUCAUCAACAACAACAACAACAACAACAUCAUCAGCAACAGCAACAGCAACAUGAUCAUCAUGUGCACCAACAGAUUAGUGCAAACGCAGCUUUCCAUAUAAGUAGGCCUUCCAAUCCCAUCUCCACUAUCAUCUCUCCACCUCCCCUCCACCAUACAUCCACCAUCAUCCUUGAUGACAAUUCUUACCAUGUUUCAACAAUCAUGCUCCAACAAAAUGAAAAUUUUCAGGUACAGCAGCAGCAACAACAUCAUAAACUAGGUGGUGGAAGGUCUGCGUCUGGUUUGGAGGAAGUCAUUAUGGGGUGCACUUCAACGUCGUCUGAUAUCAAAGAGGAGUCAUCUAUUAGAAACCAACAAGAAGCUGAGUGGUUGAAAUACUCUUCUUACUGGCCAGUCGACCCUCAUGACAACAACCAUCAUCAUCAUGAUUAGAAUGAAGGAGACAACAAAAAUAAACAAAAGACAACAUCAUUGUCAUCAUCAUUCAUGCUUGAACCAUACCUCAACUCACUUUCCAACAAAAGCCAAAGUAAUCAUCAUAUCCAUCCUUAGUUAUUUUUUCUCUUUUUUCUUUCUUUUCCGGUUUAUCAACUUCGGUGCCUCUCAUUUUUCUCAUUGGAAACACUAACUGUGUGCAACGGAACAAGUUUUGGAAAGAAAGUGACAAAGAACAAAGGGGAAAAGAAAGAAAAAUCAAAGAAGAAAAAAGAAAAGAAAAAAAAAAAGGAAAGAAAAGAAAAGAAAACAAGCAAAGCUGCUCUCCCUCGUGGCACCACAUUGAGGGAGAACGACCUAAGACUCAAAGUUUCUACUGCAUUAAAAUCAUCCCUACAUUAAUAUCAUUAUUAUAAUAUUAUUAUUAUUAUAUCAUCCAUCAUAUUAUUUAUAUUUAUUCUAUUAUCAUUUUAAGAUGUUUGUAUAAGUUUUGUCAAAAAGAGUUGUCUGUAUAAGUUCAUUUUUUUUUUCACAUCAAAAAAAAAAAAUAUACCAUUGAGUUUGUGCAUAUUGUAAACAAUAUAUGUGUUAUCAUGAGUUUAUUAUGUAUUAUCAUGAGAUUUUGUAGUGUUAUUUACAGCAUAAGAGAAGAUGAUAAGACUUUUGCACCAAAACAAGUUCGUGAUUGGACAAGUUUUGUGCCAAGCGAUAUUGAGAUAUUUUUCUUGCAAUAUAAGAAUUUUAUGAAAUUUAAGUAAAA